GGGACUUCCGAGGGCAGACUGGACUGGACAGAACGGCAGCUGGCCUGGAUCAACAAGGGUGGAACAUAGAAAACCGAUAGUUUCUGUGAAGAUACCGUUCAAAAAAGCUAGGCUGAAAUGAACCUUGGCACGACGGAGACCAGUUACUCUGGAGAUGACAGUACAUCAAAUGGAGGUUACCCGCCGUCCCCUUGGACCAAGGAGCAAAUCUAUGACUUGAUGGCGAAGAGGUCUCGUGUCUUGAGGUACAGCUACGCAGGUAGGGAGAUACACAUCAAGGAGGCAAACAUUGGCAUACAGGAAGAAGUUGGGACCAAGGUCUGGCACGCUGGCGAGGCCUUCUGUGAGUUCAUCCAGCGUCGGGGACGUCAGUUGGAAGACAAGACGGUGAUUGAAGUGGGUGCCGGGACAGGGCUGGUUGGGAUCGUGGCUAGCCUCAUGGGUGCUGACGUUACUCUUACAGACCUGAAAGGGAUAUUGCCUAAUAUGGAAGAGAACGUGCAGAUCAACACAAAGGGAUGCAAACAUCGCCCGAAGGUUCGCGAACUUGCAUGGGGGAGAGAUCUUCAUCAAUACACGAAAGGCCACUACGACUACGUCAUCGGUACGGACGUAGUCUAUGAGGAGCACAUGUUCCGCAGCCUCGUUGUGACCCUGAAGCACCUGUGUGAUGUGAAGACCCGGGUACUCCUGUGUCAUCACGUCAGGUGGCCGGACAAAGACCUCAAGUUUAUGGAGCUUUUCUCCGCUGACUUUACUAUAGUGAACCAGCUCAGGCUACCGAAACAAGACUUAACUGUGUACUUGUUCGAGGCGAAGCUCAAGGAAUCGCACUAGGACGAAGCCGGAGAAACACUGACGCCGUCCGAUCAGUUUCCAAUGAAGUGUCUCUAUAAUGCUUUGAUUCUUAAAGAGUUUACAAUAGACUGAUUCUAUUCCGCUGAUGGUUUUCCCUUAUAUUAGCUUAAUGAUGUUACCCGCUUCGAUGUGAUAUUUCCUUCUACUUCCAAUAAAAACAAUGUCAUGGCUUA